ACUCUAAUAUCCUAAGUGCAUAAUAUAUAAGGAGGCAGUCGACUCAAUCAAGUUAGUCACAACUCGUGUGUCCUCUAGAUUUCAUUAAAAAAAUAACCAUGGUUCAGUUGGAAGGUACUUACCAAUUCGUCUCUGAGCAAGGUUACAAGGAUUAUUUGAAGACUUUUGGUGCUGCGGAUGAAGCUGUGGAAAAGUUGGCUGCUUCUACUGAACCAGUUGUCAUCUCUUCCGUCACUAGUGAUAGUAUCACCAUUAAUUAUGGAACUAACGAUCAUGUCCUACCAUUGGGAAAGCAGACUGAAAUAAGUUUAUCCGCGGGAAGAUCUGUAAAGGUGACUCCUACUGUGAGUGGAGAUACCAUCACCAUGAACAGCGUCUUUGGAACAAAACCAGAAAUUACCGAGGAAAAAAUUUUAAAGGUCACAGACUCUGGAUUGACAGCUACUUCAACCAACUCCAAGGGAGGAAAAGCCGUGCGUAACUACACGAGAGCUUAAGAUUAAUUUUAAUGUUUUUUUUUAACAAAUUUACAUUUUUUUGAAAAUUAUAUAUAGGAGUUUUAUUGAAUAAAAAUCUGUCAAAUUAA